AUGAAAGAUAUCGCUAGUGAUCUUGUGAAAAAGUUCAAAGGUGAAUUUAAUCGCAAUCUGAAUUUUCUUAUUCUCGACGCCAUACAACCAAUGAUGUAUUUGCUCAAACGUGAACAAAAUCUAUCUGACUUUUUGGAGCCACUAAAAAGUUUACUCUCGAAAGAAAAUGAUAUUCCAUGUAUUAGUCAACGUUGGUUAGUCGACGUAAUGAUGAUCAAUUCAAAUCGGUUUCUUUGUCGACGUUUAACAUUUCUUCUUAGCAAACGUAACCCAGUACCGAUGAUUCAACCGCCUACCAACACGAUCAACAACGGAUACCGUUUUGUAUCAAGCAUCAUUCAUGUCUGGGAUUUUAGUCGACCUAUUCUACUCUCAUUUGGUGUAGGCAAAUGCAAAGGUAAAAGUCCUCUUGUUAAUGCUUUAUUCGAAACGAACUUUGAACAGUCAAUGAAUAGUCCGUACUUUCAUGAAACAAUCGAUGUUGAUUUCGGCUACCAUUUUGUUGAACGACGCUCUGUAAAUGUUGCUGAUGUUCAUGGUAAUAUUUUAAUCGAAACUCUCAAACGUAUUUGUCAAUUAUUCAAUGGUUUUAUCAUUCAUGUUUAA